AUGGAAAGUCAUACUCCCUCUGCAGCCAACCAAAAAGUCACACAGUCAAAAUCGUCACCAAAAAUGGAAUACCAACGCCUCGGCAACAGCGGCCUCAAAGUCUCCCGAAUCAUCCUAGGCUGUAUGACAUACGGCAAUCCAAGCUGGGAAGGCUCACCAUGGGUUCUAAGCAAAGACGAAUCUCUCCCUUUAAUCAAAAAAGCCUACGACGUAGGAAUCAAUACCUUCGACACAGCCAACACAUACUCGAACGGUGUUUCCGAAACGAUUCUCGGGAAAGCGCUGGCGAAAUACUCCAUUCCACGAAGCAGGGUUGUGAUAAUGACGAAGUUAUACUAUCCAGUUCUUGAACACGAUCUAGACGCGCGACCAAACCCGGCAAUCAAUGACGGGCCUCUUGUCAAUCAAAUGGGAUUGAGUCGGAAACAUAUUUUCGAUGCCGUGGAGGGAUCCCUUCGACGCUUGAACACGGAUCAUAUUGAUGUUCUUCAGAUUCAUCGGUUGGAUUCUGAUACAUCCCCUGAAGAGAUUAUGCGAGCUCUCCAUGAUUUGGUGCAGAUGGGGAAGGUGAGGUACUUGGGUGCUUCGAGUAUGCAUUGCUGGGAGUUUGCGAGAUUGCAGUAUGCUGCGAAGAUGAAUCGGUGGACGCCGUUUGUUAGUAUGCAGGGAUUGUAUAAUUUGCUUUACCGGGAGGAAGAGAGGGAGAUGAAUCCCUUCUGUGAGGCUGAGGGUAUUGGGUUGAUUCCUUGGAGUCCCUUGGCGAGGGGACUGUUGGCGAGACCUUGGAGGGAGAAGUCAGCUCGCGCGGAGCAAGAUCAGAAGACUAAGAAGUGGUUUGUGGGUGAUCAGAACGAGGAAAUUGUUUUGAGGAUCGAGGAGCUGGCGAAGAGGAAGGGGUGUGAGAUGGGUGCUAUUGCCGUGGCCUGGCUUUUGAGUAAGGGUGCAUGUCCAAUUGUUGGUUUGAACAGUGAGGGUAGGAUUGAGCAAGCGCUGGAGGCUUUCAAUGUGGUGUUGUCAGAGGAGGAAGUGAAAAUGUUGGAGGAGCCAUAUCGGCCACUCGCUGUUCAAGCUAUCUAA